AUGCGAUCCGAUCGCAUCGCUUUUUUGGAGGAGCGAUUGGCGUCGAUUGAAGCUCUACUUAGUGUCCUUACGGGACAAAACCCAGCACAAGUUCAACAGAGCGUCAAUGACCCUCCAAACAAUGGAGUACUGCCUGAUUCCAUAGGCGACUGGGCAAUUUCGCCUGCUCAUACAGUUCAGGACACGACAGGCUGUCAUUCUUCGUCCGAUACAAGCUCUGUGGCUGCUCCUGCGAGCGCCCCAACGUCGAACCAGCUCGAACUCCCGCCAUUAUCAGAAGUCCUCCCCGCCGUGGACAAUUACUUCCGGAACUACAACAUAAUAAUCCCACUAUUCGAUGAAACUGCCUUUAUGCGCAUGCUUCUCGACUUUUUUGCUCAAACGACCAAGCGGUCCAUUGUCCCUUGGGCGGCUAUAAACGUUGUCCUCGCGAUUAGCUACCGUGUCCUGGAAGGCAGAGGAUCAGAUGACUCGUCGCUUGCACAAUGUCUUCAGAAUGUUCGAUCUGUGAUGUCUGAGUUGAUGGUCCAGGGAAAGGACCUUAUGGGGCUGCAAGUCCUUUUGGGUAUGGUGAUCUUGUUUCUCGGAUCUUCCGACUUUCAGCUCGCCAUUGUCUUGACAGGUAGUGUUGUGAGAAUGGCCCAGAGUUUGCGGCUGAACUCGAAAGAGGCAUUGGAAGGAUUGACAGGUGCUGAAAAAGCACACAGAACGUCCUUAUUCUGGCUGUCAUACAUAUACGAUAGAGAAAUGUCUCAACGAUCUCAGAGUCCAUAUCACCAGCUUGAUAGUGACACAGAUAUGGAACUUCCAGAACAUGACUCUGAGACAAAUAUGGGUAUCAUAACAUCUUCAGUAGACAGCAUCCGCUUCAACUAUCUCCGUGUAAAAGCCCGACUUGCACAUAUCCAUGGCAACGUUUACAAUUUGCUCUACAGCCCAAGAUCCAAGACUUUAACACAAGCGCAAAAGAACAAUACGAUAAUUCGUAUAGAAGAAAUGUUAGCUGAGUGGGUUCGAGAGAUUCCCACUGAGUUGCACACCGCUGAGGGCAUUCGUUCACGACUGUCUCCAGCGGCGAGUGACUUGAUGAUGAACUUAUGGUUCCAUCAUACAGAGUGUCGCAUCAAAGUCCGUUCAAUAUUUACAUUUGAAGAUUCGUGGGUCAAUAGAGUGAGAUUAUAUCUGACACCAAGUGUUGUCGAUCUGAGUGAUGGGGUCGAUGGAGUUGUAAGAGGUGAUAUCCCGCCUCUGCCGUCUGGAUGGGAUGAGUGCGUUCGAUACGCACGGGUUUGUCUGGAAUUACUUCUGAAGAGACAACCAACCGAGUACAUAUUAUGGCUUCAUACCUGCGGCUCAUUCUCAUGUUUGGUUCUCCUCAUCGUCAACCUCCUCGAACAUCCAGAACAAGCCUUGAUCACGGAUGAUCGUCAGCUCUUGGACAACUGCUUUCUGAUCUUCGAGGGGAUGAGUAAGCACUUACCCAAAGAGCCGUACUGGACUAUGCUUGCAAUGGCUCAUGAGUUGGACGAGAAAGCUAUGGAUCUGGCGAAGCGUGCGAGUUUGGCUGCAAAUUCUUACGAGGCUCGCGAUCAUUUGAUGAGUCCUUCUACGGCAUGGGCUAUCUUGGAUGAUAUAGAGUUUCAAUAG